AUGGAGGCCGGCUCUGUGGUACGAGCAGUCUUUGAUUUCUGUCCCAGCGUCUCUGAAGAGCUGCCCCUCUUUGUGGGAGAUGUCAUCGAGGUGUUGGCUGUGGUGGAUGAGUUCUGGCUUCUUGGCAAGAAGGAAGGUGUCACAGGGCAGUUUCCUAGCAGCUUUGUUGAACCUGUGGAUAUUCCCCCUUUGAAGCAGGGAGAAAAACUGUUUGUUUGUACCAGUGACUUCACAUCUCAAGAGCCAGGGAGUUUAUCAUUGCAGAGAGGAGACCUGGUGAUCCUUGGAGGGUGCCUGGCCUCCAGCUGGCUCCAGGGCCGAAGCAGCUGGGGUUCCAAGGGCUUUUUCCCCUCAUCAUGUGUGCGGGAGCUGUGCCUUUCAGUUCAGAGACGGCAGCUGUCCCAGAGUGCUCUCCUGGAGAUGCCUGCCUACUCACUGGGCCAAGCCCGGGCCCUGAUGGACCUGUUUGCUCAACUGGAGGAGGAACUUGACUUCAGGGAAGGGGAUGUGAUCAACAUUGUUGGUGUUCCAGAGCCUGGCUGGUUUGAAGGUGAGCUCAGAGGCUGCAGGGGCAUCUUCCCAGAGGGUUUUGUGGAACUGCUUACUCCUCUGCAAGCACCAGGAACCUCAGUGGAUCCAGAGCGCACAGGGACUUGUGACGCCAAUGGGACAGUAGAGAUGCCCCCCAAGGAGGACAGGCGGCCUGGGAGCACUUAUGGUGUUGCCCUGUAUCAGUUCCAAGCCCUGGAGUCCACAGAACUGGAUUUUGAUGUGGGUGACAGGAUUCGGAUUGUAGGCAUUCUAGAGGAUGGCUGGCUGGAGGGGGAGCUGAGAGGAAAACGCGGCAUCUUUCCACACAGAUUUGUGAGGCUGGAAGCCUCUGAUGCUUUCGGGGAAAAGGUUCCAUGCUUUCCCCAAAAUCCUUGCAGGAACCAGGUGAUUUCAUCUCCUAAGAGCUGGGCAGCAUCCCAGCUCCAGGAGAGCUGGAGCAGCACCCAGGACCUAGACAAUUGGGUGGACAGUCAGCAGGAGAAGUCCAAGCCUUGUUCCUCUAGUUUAGGAGAUGCCCAGGUGGGCCUGGACACAUGGGCAGGGAGCAGGGGGGAGUGCUGCCCACUUGUAGUGCAGGGGGAUGGCUGCACAGACCUUGACUCCAAACUGACAGAGCAGCUGGCACAAUUUGAGAAGAGUUUGUCAAGUGCUGGCACUGAGCAGGACAAGGUCUCCCGCCACUUCUCUAUCUUGGACUACAGCUCUGAGAAGGACAUUGUCCGUGGGUCUCCUGAGUCUGUCCCCCACUCCCAGCAGACAGAGAGGAGGAGGGCCCUGAGGCCGCCCCCUCCUCGGCCCAGCAGCCUUGCGACACCCCCUGCGCACGUGCUGGGUGGCCAAAUGCCCAAAGGCAGGUCUCUGUCAUUCUCGGUCAAGCCCUCCCGGCCUGCUCCCCGGCCUCCAGCAAGCAACCAGCGGAAAAAUGUGGCCCUUGCACAGCUUCAGCCCAGCACCCAGGAGCAGUGGGUGGAAGAGGGAUGUGAGGACUUGACACAGGCAGGAUCAGCUUCCCCCUGCUCCAUUCUGCUGGCUAGGAUUGGCGAGGUGGAGCAAGAUCUGGAGGCUUAUGGCAAAACCCGUGCUGAGCUAAGCCUGAUGCUGGAGGAGCAGCAGGAUGAGCUGGUGAGAGCAGAGACCAUGAAAAACCUUGAUUUAUGUGACUCCAACAUUGAGAGCCUUGGCAUGGAGCUGCAAGAGCUUAGAG